AUGGAUGUAAGAUUUUACCCGUCUGCGGCGGGCAGCUCUCUUCCCGGAGAUCCCUCCAACCUGGACUUUGCCCAGUGUUUGAGUUACUACAACAAGUUUGGAAACAAUAACAACUACAUGAACAUGGCAGAAGCAGAUAAUGCAUUUCCUGCUGCAAAUGAGGUAGAUACGUUCCAUACGCCGAGCCUUGGGGAUGAGGAGUUCGAAAUCCCACCCAUUACCCCCCCACCCGAGUCAGACCCUGUGCUGGGGAUGUCAGAUAUACUGCUGCCCUUUCAGGGCCUUGGUGAUCAACUGCCUCCACAAGGAAAUGAAUUUACACCUCAGUUUCCCCCCCAGAGCUUGGAUCUUCCCUCUAUUACAAUAUCCCGCAAUCUCGUGGAGCAAGAUGGCAUCAUCUACAGCAAUGGAUUGCAUAUGGAUCAGAGUCACACACAAGUUUCCCAGUAUCGCCAGAAUCACUCUCUGAUUAUGAGAUCUAUUGUCCACAUGACUGAUGCUGCUCAUUUGGGAAUUAUGCCUCCUUCUCAGCUAACCACCAUUAACCAGUCUCAGCUAAGCAUGCAGCUGGGACUACAUUUAGGAGGCACUAAUUUGCCACAAACUUCUCCCUCCCCACCUGCCCCAUCAGCCACUCCUUCCCCAUCCAGCUCUAUAAAUGAAGAAGAUGCAGAUGAAUCAAAUAGAGCUACUGGAGAAAAAAGAGCUGCCCCGGAUUCUGGCAAGAAGCCCAAGACUCCAAAGAAGAAGAAAAAGAAAGAUCCCAAUGAGCCACAAAAGCCAGUGUCAGCAUAUGCCCUUUUCUUCAGGGAUACACAAGCUGCAAUUAAAGGGCAGAACCCAAAUGCUACAUUUGGAGAGGUUUCAAAAAUAGUGGCAUCUAUGUGGGACAGUUUAGGAGAAGAACAAAAACAGGUAUAUAAAAGAAAAACUGAAGCUGCCAAAAAAGAAUACCUAAAGGCACUUGCUGCUUAUAGAGCAAGCCUUGUUUCUAAGGCUGCUGCAGAAUCUGCUGAGGCCCAGACAGUUCGUUCUGUUCAGCAAACGUUGGCAUCCACAAAUCUGUCUUCCUCCCUUAUUCUGAAUACUUCUCUUUCUCAACAUGCAACAGUAUCAGCAUCUCCUCGAACUCUUCAACAGCCCCUUCCCAGAACAAUUGCUCCAAAACCUUUAACCAUGAGACUGCCAAUGAAUCAGAUUAUAGCUUCUGUUACCAUUGCACCAAACAUGCCAACAAACAUUGCUCCCUCGUUGAUAAGCUCUAUGGGAACAAAUAUGGUGGCAAUGCCAUCUUCAUCUCAAGUCAGUCCCUCAAUGCAAAGCCAGCAGCACCAGAUACAGCAGCUUCAGCAGCAACAGAUGCAGCAGAUGCAACAGCAGCAACUACAUCAGCAUCAAAUGCAUCAGCAAAUACAGCAGGAAAUGCAACAGCAGCAUUUUCAGCACCAUGUGCAACAACAUUUGCAGCAGCAGCAUCAUCUUCAGCAGCAAAUUAAUCAACAGCAAAUGCAACAGCAACUGCAGCACAUACAGCUUCAGCAAAUGCAACAGCAGCAAAUGCAGCAUGUGCAACACCAGUCACAGCCUUCUCCUCAGCAGCAUUCUCCAGUAGCCUCUCAGAUCACUUCUCCCAUCCCUGCCAUUGGGAGCCCUCAGCCAGCACCUCAGCAGCACCAGUCACAAAUACGAUCUUAGACACAGACUCAAGUAUCAUCGCAGGUCAGUAUUUUCUGAAGAGAAAUGAUCUUGCAACAUGGCUUUGUGUUGAUGGAGGGAGUAGGGAUAAACCACAUUUGGCUGAAAACUGUAAAUUGUUGAUGGUAGUUAUGCAGGGAUACAUAACAGAUCAAAUUAUCCUCUAAAGCAUCUAUUAGAUAGGCAAUAAAGAACUACAAUGUAGCUGUGUAUCAUCUUUUAGCUGACUAUAAAUCAUUUCAUUU